UUAUAUAGUUAGAGCGAGAGUCAUGUAUGCAAUUUCUUUCGAAUUCAAACAUUAAACAACGUUCUCUCUCUCUUUCUUUUAUAUUUUCUUUUUCAUUCAGAGUUGUAUUAAGAUCACACUUUGAUCAUCAAGAAAUUUCAGAUGACAACAUUGAAGAAAGAUUCGAAGCCGAUCGUAAUCCGUCGAGUUUGGGCAUAUAAUGUCGAAGCUGAAUUUGCUCUCAUACAUCGUUUUGUCGAUAGGUAUCGGUUUGUUUCGAUGGACACAGAAUUCCCCGGCGUCAUUUAUUCAUCUAAAGUCGAUCGCCGUCACAUUCAACCUUCUGAGCUUUACAGUAACGUCAAGGCCAAUGUUGAUGCUCUCAAACUUAUUCAGCUAGGUCUCACUUUCUCUGAUGAAAAUGGCAACCUACCUGAUUUUGGAACCAGCAACUGCUUCAUUUGGGAGUUUAAUUUUCGUGAUUUUGACGUCAACCGCGACCCCCACAACAAAGAUUCCAUUGAUCUUCUCCGACGCCAAGGUAUUGAUUUCAACUGCAACGUCAUUCACGGUGUAAAUUCGUUACACUUUUCUGAGUUGAUGGCAAGGUCUGGGCUUGUCUGCAAUGAAAGAGUGACGUGGGUGACAUUUCACGGCACCUAA